CCCCGCCCACCAGCCGGGUCCUAGUGCCCACUUCCCACCCCACCCCCAGCCAAGUCUUAGCGCCUCUUCUCCAGGUCCUAGUGCCUCCCCAGUCGGCUCCUGUUGUCCGGCAGCCGGGUCCUAUUGCCUCCCCGACAGAUUCCUGUGCCCUCUCAUGUCGCAGUACCUCUCCCCAAAGUCCUAGUUACUCCCGCUUCAGGUCCAAGUUCUUCCCUCGCCUAGGUUCUAACAUCCCCCCCAACUGUGGGCCCCAUACGUUGCCGUUGCCCCUUUAAGCCGCGGGGCGGGGGGGGUGGCGCAGAGCGCCCCGCUGCCUCCAGACGCGCGAAGAUGGCGGCGGGCGGCGGGCGGCGCGGGGGCAGUGGGGCCGGGACUGGGAUCGUGGCUUCCCCGCCGCCGCCGCCGCUGCUGCUGCUGCUGCUGUUGCUGCUCCCGCUGCCCCGCGGGGCCCUGGCGCUGGGGGCGCGGCUGGAGCGGAGUGCAGAGACCCUGGGGACGCGGCUGGAGCAGAGAACGGAGACCCCCAGGGACAGCGCGGCCGCGCGGCUGAAGCCGAGAGCGGAGCCCCCGGCGGCGGGGAUGGAGCUGGAGCAGAGCAUGGAGCGGAGCGUCAGUCCCCCCAGGGAUGGUGCGGCGCUGGGGAUGAGGCUGGAGGAGAGCAUAGAGCCCCGGGGGGUGCGGCUGGAGCAGAGAACGGAGCCCCCAAGGAUGCGGCUGGAGCGGAGCCUGGAGCCCCCCAGGGACGGUGUGGGGUUGGGGAUGGAGCAGAGCCUGGAGCCCCCCGAGGACGGCGCGAUCCUGGGGAUGCAGUUGGGGCAGAGCGUGAAGCCCUUGAGGGUGGGGAUGGAGCAGAAUGCGAAGCCGCUGGGGGACAGCACGGUCCUGGGGGUGCGGCUGAAGCGGAGCACGGAGCCCUUGGAGAUGCGGCUGGAGCAGAGAGCAGAGCCCCCAGGGCUGGGGUUGGAGCUGGAGCAGAGCAUGAAGCCCCCAGCGCUGCAGUUGGAACAGAGCAUCAAUCCCCCCAGGGACAGUGCGGCUCUGGGGAUGCGGCUGGAGGAGAGCAUGAAGCCCCCAGGGGACAGCAUGGUCCUGGGGGUGCAGCUGGAGCAGAGUGUGAAGCCCCCUGGGGACACUGUGGCCUUCGGGGUGGGGCUGGAGCUGGAGCAGAGCAUGAAGCCCCUGGAGAUGCAGCUGAAGUCCCCAAGCAUGGGGCUGGAGCCCUCCAGGGACAGCAUGGUGCCAGGGAUGCGACUGGAGCGGAGUGCAAAGCCCUUGGAGAUGCGGCUGGAGGAGAGUGUGAAGCCCCCCAGGAACAGCAUGGCACUGGGGAUGGGGCUGGAGGAAGGCGCCAAGCCCCCCAGGGAUAGUGUGGCACCUGGGAUGGGGCUGGAGCAGAGUACAAAGCCCCCCAGGGACAGUGUGGGACCUGGGAUGGGGCUGGAGGAGAAUGCCAAGCCCUUGGAGAUGCGGCUGGAGGAGAGCGUGAAGCUCACAGGAGACAGCAUGGCGCUGGGCGUGCAGCUGGAGGACAGCACAAAGCCAGUGAUGGAUGGUGUGGCGCUGGAGAUGCGGCUGGAGGAGAGCACGAGGCCCCCGGCAGACACCGUGGUGCUGGGGAUGCGGCUGGAGGAGAGCACGAAGCCGGUGGGGGCUCCAUCCCUCGGACCCAUCCGCGUGACCGAGGGCAGUGAGGUGCUGCUGCGCCUCUACGGGCACGGCCUGGGUCCCCGCGCUGCCGAGAGAGUGGCUUUCGCCGAACUGCGCCCGAAGACCAAUGCCUCGGCGCCCAACGGCACCUGCCCCGAGCGCUCGCAGGACCUGGUGGUGCAGCCUGGCCCGGCCGAACCCCUGCACAGCACCUCGGCCCUGCUGCGGGUCCACGUCCAGCCCCUGCGCAAGGACGAGCAUGACAAAACCUACAUCCUCUGCACCCAGCGCCAGCCUGGCCAGCCCUGGUUGCCCCACCAGGGCCCCGAUGGUCACAUCUUGGUCCUGGAGGAGAAGAAAUCAUUGCUCCCGCUUUGGCUGCAGAUCAUCCUGAUCGCGGGGCUGUUGGUGCUGUCGGGAAUGUUCAGUGGCCUCAACUUGGGGCUGAUGGCACUGGAUCCCAUGGAGCUGCGCAUCGUCCAGAACUGCGGCACCGAGAAGGAGAAGCGGUAUGCCCGUAAGAUCGAGCCCAUCCGACGGAAAGGGAACUAUCUGCUCUGCUCCUUGCUGCUGGGCAACGUGCUGGUUAACACCACCCUCACCAUCCUCCUCGAUGAUCUCAUCGGCUCCGGGAUCGGUGCUGUUGUGGCUUCCACCAUCGGCAUCGUUAUCUUUGGGGAGAUCGUGCCCCAAGCGCUCUGUUCACGCCACGGCUUGGCCGUUGGUGCCAACACCAUCGUGGUCACCAAGUUCUUCAUGCUGGUCACCUUCCCGCUCUCCUACCCCAUCAGCAAGCUCCUCGACUGCAUCCUAGGCCAAGAGAUCGGCACCGUCUACAACCGGGAGAAGCUGGUGGAGAUGUUGAAGGUGACGGAACCCUACAAUGAUCUGGUGAGGGAAGAGCUCAACAUGAUCCAGGGAGCCCUGGAGCUGCGCACCAAGACGGUGGAGGACGUGAUGACGCCGCUGCAGAACUGCUUCAUGAUCAACAGCGACGCCAUCCUGGACUUCAACACCAUGUCAGAGAUCAUGGAGAGCGGCUUCACCCGCAUCCCCGUGUACGAGGAUGAGCGUUCCAACAUCAUGGACAUCCUGUACGUCAAGGACCUGGCCUUUGUCGACCCGGAUGACUGUACCCCCCUCAAAACCAUCACCAAGUUCUACAACCACCCUGUCCACGUCGUCUUCCACGACACCAAGCUAGAUGCCAUGCUGGAGGAGUUCAAAAAGGGGAAGUCCCAUCUGGCCAUUGUGCAGAAGGUAAACAACGAGGGUGAGGGCGAUCCCUUCUACGAGGUGCUGGGGCUGGUGACGCUGGAGGACGUCAUCGAGGAGAUCAUCAAGUCGGAGAUCCUGGACGAGUCUGAUACCUUCACCGACAACCGCAGCAAGAAGCGGGUGGGCAACCAGAAGAACAAGAGGGACUUCUCAGCCUUCAAGGACCCUGUCAAUGAGCUGAAAGUGAAGGUCUCCCCACAGCUGCUCCUGGCCGCCCACCGCUUCCUCUCCACGGAGGUGACGCUCUUCACCCCAAACUUCAUCUCGGAGAAGAUCCUUCUGCGGCUCCUCAAAUACUCCGACGUCAUCCAGGAGCUGAAAUUCGAUGAGGAGAACAAGAAAUCCCCGCGUCACUUCCUCUACUGCAAGAACAAGGCAGCCGACUACUUCAUCCUCAUCCUGCAGGGCAAGGUGGAGGUGGAGGCCGGCAAGGAAUGCAUGAAGUUUGAAGCGGGAGCGUUCUCCUAUUACGGGGUGAUGGCCAUCAGCCCCCCUCCUGCAUCAGAGAUCCGCUCCCCAUCCCACGUCAGCAGCCUCAACCGCUCGGCGUCGCUCAGCUACCACGAGCGCUCCGACUCCGUCUCCUCGCCUGUCAGCGGCAGCAACAACCAGCUCAACGCUGGCACUGGCGCCCAGUACGUGGCCGACUUCAGUGUCCGCGCUCUCACCGACCUCCAGUUCGUCAAGAUCACGCGGCAGGAAUACCAGAAUGGCCUGACGGCCUCCCGCAUGGACAGUUGUCCCCAGUCCCCCGACAGCAACGCCCCAAAGCUAGAUACCGCUUUACCGGAGAAACCAGAACCCACCGCCACCGCUGACGAGACCACCAGCCUCCUGAACGAGAGGAACUGCCUGAGCCGCCGGAGCAACCACAGCACCCUGGAAAACUGCAUAUGACCCCGGCCCUGCCGGCUUGCGCCGGGAGGGACGUCACGUCCCCGUUUUUAGGGACCCUUUUCCCCGGUAGGAAACACUCGGCAUCUCCUCAGUGAUGCUGCACCGGAGAAGCCCGGUUGAGCUGGAGGAGGCGGCGGUUGGAAACGGGAGCCGGGAUUUGCUGCUGCUUUCCAGACUGGCUUAUUUUUAAUUAAUUUAAAUGGAUGUUGCGGGAGACGGUGCGGCUUUGCCGGCCGCCCCGCUGGCGGCGCUCGUUCAGCUCAGGGAGCUUCAGGUUUUGGACGCCGCUUCGGUGCGGGGGGCUUUGCCACAGCCCCCCAGCAUGGGCAUCGCAGCCCCUUUCUGGUGUUUUCCAGGCUUGGGUGUGGCAUGAGCGCAGCGUUCCAGAUGAACUGGGGUGACACUGCGGCUCUGUGCCCAUUCCCCUUUCCCGCUGGCACUGGGGAUGCGGUGGGCUCGGUGGUGGCGAGUGCGGCAGCCGAAGGAAUGGGCUCAGCCUCUCUGGCCUGAAGCCGAGCAGGAGUCCCUUGUCACCUCUGCCACCCCCAGGGAUGGCAGCCACCCCUCCUGGCACUGCCGGUGCCUUCCCCGUGCCAUGGGGCGUCUCAGGGUGUUCGUGCCGGGGGGACAGGAGUGGUCGGGAUGCAGGGUCUGGCUUUUCCAGGCGGCACAAAGCUAGUGACCAAAGUUGUACAGGCAGGCGGGGGUAGGUCCCCCCCUACCCCAAUCCUUUGGUGGCCUCGGGACGGAGCCCACGACCCUGGUGAGCACCGUGAACCUGGUGAGGCCGGAGCGCAGUGCACGGGGAGGGGGAAACACAGCUUCCCCCCAAAAAAGCACAAAGUUUGGGGUGAACCCUGUAAGUUAUUGGAGAAGGUUAAUUAUUUUUAUUAAUGGCAUCUCGACUAUCAGGUCCUGGCUCCUUCCGUGGGGAGAUACGAGAAAUAAUAAUAAUAAUUAAU